UGGUGUAUUUCUCCUUGGCUUCAGUCCGAUAGAUUAUAUUGUUAUAUUUGAUUUUUUUCUAAGUUGUAGGCCUACUAGGUUGAUUGUUUCUGGAGGUUACUAAUAUGACUUUUUUUCUAGUUUAUGCUAGGUGGAUUUUCUUUCCUUAUAUUUUUUAACAUUUUUGUUUGUAUAACAAAAAAAGAAGGAUGGCAAGGAAGAUGGAACGAGACACUGUGGCUCUGCUCUCAAAACUGAGAAUUGUACUGCUUGGGUGGGUCCUGUCUGGGAAGAGUUCAACUGUAAACACCAUCUUUAAUAAAGAAAAUAAUAAAACAGUAGGAACAAAAAAGUGCCCAAAAUAUUCUGGUUUUGUAAAUGGCAGAUCAGUAAGUAUGUUGGACACUUCAAGCUGGUGGAAGUAUUUCUUGUCUAAAUUCAACCCAAAAUCCGCACAAGCUUCAAUUCUGGAGAGCGUCGGCCAGUCACAACAUAUGCAAUACCCUCAUGCCGUGAUCCUAGUGAUUCCGGCUGAUAAUUUGUUCAAGAAUUAACAAAAAAAGAUUAAUAAAGGGUACAUGGCCAGUCUCAGAGAGGAUGUUUGGAGACACACUAUAGUUUUGUUCACGUGGGGCGACAUGUUUAAAGACAUCUCAAUCGAGCAGCACAUUGAGAGUGAAGGUGAAGCUCUUCAGUGGCUGAUUGAGAAAUGCAGGAACAGAUAUCACGUCUUUGACAACACAGACAAGAAGAACCGAUCUCAAGUCUCAGAGCUGCUCCAGAAGAUUGAUGAGAUGGUGGCAGAAAACAGCUUGUUCUGCCUCAACACUCAAUGUGCUGCAGAAGCGAACGACACAAAACAAGACGAGGAAAUAAAUCUAAACCAUUUACCAAAAUUAAUGUACCACGAUUUCAAAAACAGCUAUCAUGCAAUAACAAGGAAGCUAAAAAAAUUAGCGGUGUGUUUCAAUGGAUGUAUAGAAGCCAAAAGUGAUGCAAGCAUGGAUGGCAUCGUCAACAUGAAAGCUGAAACCCUCAUGGAGAAGACAAGGAGAGAAGGACAAAGAAUGGAAGCAAUUAUAAGGGAUGGGAUCUUGAACAUUCAGAAUUCUGAAGCAUAUUGUGGUAAUAAUAUGAGCCAAAGUGCAAAUGAAAAGGUGCUACGGUGGCUUGAAACAUACUCUGAAGUCACUGAUCCAUAAGAUCCAACAGAUGUCAGACACAAUGAAAUUGAGAAAAUGAGAAAACAGAGAGAUGCAUGCCUGUAGCAUAAAACUUAAACUCUGCUUAAAGAUGUGUUAAACUGUAAAUAAAUAAUAUGUCUAUAAUUUACUUAGUAAUGAUGUCUUAAAUAUGUAUUUUAAUAUUUCUAUUGAUUUUAACAUUUAAAUUGGUAAAUUCUGUAACCUUUAAAUAAAUAUCAAUUAAAAUUUUCUCUGAACUUUUAAUUUUUUGGCUAAUAAAUACAAAUAUUGUUGAGC